AUGUUUGAAGUGGCCCCUCCCGAUUAUCAGAAAUUUAUUGUUUCGCUGCUGCUGGCGUUGGCCGUGCUCCUGGUCACGUCGGUGCUGUUCAACCGCAAACGCAUUUUCAAUGCUUCGAGGCCCGUGUUUGUCAUCUCGGGGCCGAAAUCUAGCGGCAAAACCAACCUGUUUGAGCUGCUCACGAAGGGCGACCUACCCGUGCUGACCGUGAGCUCUGUCGAGCCCAACAGUGCCACGCUCAAUCUUGGUGACCAGAUCGGAUCUUACGACGUGUACGAUUUCCCCGGUAACGAGAAACUCAAGUCGCUGUAUCUGUAUCCGUUCCUCAAGAAGAACCUCUCUUGUGUGAAGGGAAUCAUUUACAUGAUCGACGCGUCGCAGUUUUCUAGCGAGUACUGUACAGAGGUCGCGCAGGAUCUGAUUAGACUGUACGAAAUCACGGAGAGUGUGCCGAAUGGAAUCGAUUUCCAGCUGUUCUGCAACAAAUGCGACCUGUUCACGUCGAAAAAAUGGACCACCAUCAAGUCGCUGCUUGAGUCAGAAAUCGCGCAACUCCGCAAGCGCCAGAUCCUCAACCUCUCGCAGAUAUCUGCCAAAGAUGGCCAGUCCGACGAGGCCAUCGUACAACAGCUAGCGUCAAGCUUCAGAGAUGGGAAAUUCCAGUUCGAGCUGCUUGAAGGCAACACAGAGUUUGGCCAGGGCAACGUUCACAAAAACAAGAUCGAGAUGGUCACCAAUUGGCUGCACGAAAAGGCCAUCAAUUAAACACUGGCUGUGCAACAGCAGACUGGAUUAAUUUUUCUCUUCCGGCUGUGCUCGAUAUUUACUACCUGUUCAAAAUAUGUGGAACGAGGUAUUGGGCGUCUGUCUUUUGGUCGUUGUCCACGCGAUAAACUUCCAGGUGGCAGAGCGGCUCGUCCACCGAAUUGUUUUUCCCUAUAUCUGCUCUUCAACCGGCAUUUUCCAGUCCUCACAGUCCUUGCAAGAGACUCUGAGCAAAGACCUGGAAAAGAUCCUCCAGAAACCCGUCCAGUUGAACCCAAAUGUCGAACAGAGAUUCAUCAAGCCCCUGUUGGAGCCCAAAAUAACCAACCCGGAGAAUAGGGUCAUCAAAAAAGCGGCACAGGUGCUUUUCAAUGUGUCUAUCUCUUUCUCUCUACAAAUAAUUGGCCUGGUGCUGUUUGAAAUUAUCGAUUUGGGAAACUCUGCCGCUCGCCUGUGGGACUGGGAAUUCACGCUGUCGGUGCUGAUUUUUCUGUUAACGUACGUGAACCCAAGUGUGCUGCUUUUCAUGGCCGUCUCCCGUCUGCCUCUUGUCUCUCGCGUGGCCCGACUAUUGAGCACGAAACACAAGGGACUGGUUUUCCUGUUUGUGUUCAUAACGUGGGCUCUGGUUUUCCGGACAUUCAACAUCUUAGCCACAGCAGCGUCCCAGAUGGAGAGCUAUUCGCUUUUCUUCUCAAACUCGUUGAUAGAGGUCACCAUGUUGGGUGUGACCUGUCUCGCAGCCCUGAACGGCAUUGGAUCUGUGUCCUCUUUGUACUACUCCUUCAUUAAGAAACACAAACGUGUGCGAAAGACAGACGUUGCUAGAAGCGUUGAGACGUUGCGCACGACAACAGAACUGAUUCACACCAGAACCACCGAGCUAGCACAGUCGCCCUCCAAUUCGGACUUGAAAAACGAGCUUGGGGCCUUGAACCAGAUGAAGCGCGAGCUGCUGCAGGACCUCUCAGUCUUGGUUGCUAAUUACCGUUCCCAGCAGUAUGUGGCCUCACUCCGAGGCAAGGUCUCCAAAUGGCUCAACGUUCUCUUUUCGCUCUACUGUCUGUAUAAAAUUGUCAACAUCAUGGUCAUCCGGCUGCCAAUAAUAUAUUUUGAGGAAUUCGGACUCAAAUCCCCC